CAGACAUUCAUGCACACAGCCUGUCAUGGUCAGACGAGGGCUUCCGUGGAAGAGGAUGCGAGAAGUAAGGUACCAAGAGGUGUUUUCAGUCCAGUGCAGCACUGUUUGCAGCCAAAGCAAACAGCCCAUUGGCUCAAACAGCAACCUCUCUCUGAGAAAGACACCCUCAUGAUGACACAAUAGCACAGACCACAAAUUGGCUCCCUUCAGUUCUGUCGAUGCACAGCACGUCCCCAAGCAGUCAACAAUUCGGCCCUAGCAACCAACAGAUCCGCCGUCGAAUCACGAAUCUGGUUGCACAUGGUCAAGGAGGUAGUCUGCGACUUCGUGCUGGUAUCUGCAGGACAUACCAUUCACAAGCCCAUCAACUCGGCGCCCUGUGAUUCCCCUCACUUGUCGAGUAUGGUUCGACCGUUCUUGUGGAACCCUGCCAGCAUCUUCCGGCACGUCGGCUCACCACAAAAGCACUCAUCCAUGGCCAUGAUGGCGUACUCCUGCAGGACACCAACAAAUCGGGCAGUCACUUACGGGAAGAUGGAUGGAUAGAUGGAUGUGCGUAUACUCCUCACCGUCGUUUCGUAAUCGAAGAAUAUCUGACACAGACAGAUGACAUGGAAUCAGUGUACACACGCUGGUCAGCCAAUCCAUAGAACCGCUCUGUACCUGUUCGUCCUUGGAGAUGUCCCGUCGCGCGAUGAACGUGUAGGCGCCAUAGCUGUUGCGCUUCGCCCAUGUGUUGGGCUCACACGAGUGGUUGAGGAAUCGCCCAGGGGCGUACAUGUCCGCAUGCCUCGGCGGGACUUCAGAUAACUGAUGACACGCGCACACAGCACACACGCAGUCAGAUAGGGAAUGACCGAUGAGCCCACAUGUGCGUGUACCUGAAUCGAGUGCAUUGUUCGUUUCUCAUCGAUGGUCUCAGCUACACCAACAAGUACCACGUCGCCUGUGGAGAUGUGCUUUUUCGCGAACACGCCCCUCAUCUGUCCUUCCUCUCCCCCAUCGCCGUAGAAUCUCUCCUCGCGCACCUCCACAUGUGGGCUCAGGGCUGACGGGUCAGUGACGCCGGAAGCCGCGAGAGAAGAGUAUGUGCCGUUGCCGGCAGGACUGGUGGCUGCAAGAGGAGAAGGCAUGCUCGGGUUCAAAGUAGCACUGUAUCACAUCACAUCAACACCAACAUGAGAAAGAGGGAGGGAGGGAGAGAGAGAGAGAGAGAGAAGGGGCGUGUUUUCCGUCCGUCUGACUGAUCUGACCUCUCGAUGCCGAGUGGUGGUGCGAGGUCGACGGCAUCGUCCGGUGUGGUGGGAGGGGAGGAGGCAGGGGAACCUGCAUGACAUCACGAACAGUCACAAUCACACACCCACGAACACACCCGUACAUCCAUCCACUCCUCUCCCAUCUCACCUUGCGUGGCGGAUUAUUUCUGACUCAGCCGCCGGAGAUCAGCUGACGGAGAUCGGAGAUCUUGAGCACUUGUAGACGGUUGGUUGGUUGGUUGGUUGGCUGGUUGGUUAUCGUGCCGCCGAAGCGCUGCGGUCGGUUAUGGGUUUGACGAGACGCCUGUCCCUACCCCGAAAUCGUUGGGGUUCGUUCAGCGGCAAACAGAAAGACGGGACUUGGAUUCUAGCGUUGCGAAGCGUCAU